CUGCUCUUUUGAUACUCUUUCCACCAAAUUUCUUCUUUUUUUAAUUAUCAUGUUUCAGUGUGUGCAAAUUUUGGUUUCUGAAAAAUUGUACCCAAAUUUGUCUUUUAGUAUAAUACUUUUCUUGUAUGCGUUCAUGAACCUAAGGUAUUCAAUUUCGAAUAAUAUCAUCUGUAUCGGACGGUACGUAUUGGUUUGUCAGCAGACCGGUACAUGGAUUGCCCACUACCGGGUGGUAUAUAUAUAUACCGCUUGAUAUACAGUACCGUAUCGUACCAAACGAAUCUCGAAACUCCAGUACGGUAUGAUAUUUCAAUCCUUGCAUGAAACCUACCAACUAAGGCAUGAACUAGAACAUUCUUUCAUAGUCACACUGGCAUAAUAUAGUCUGCUACCUGUUGAUAACUAGUUUCCUUAAUUCCAUUAGUUGUCACUGUUUUUUGGUGCUAAAAAUAUGUCAAGAAGUUUUCACCAGAAGAGUUUUUAUGAGAAUUUGGAAGUAUCAAUAAGUGGCUAGCUAUUUUAUUUAGACAAUUUUCUUGAGAUUUGUUUUUUAAUUGGUAAAUAUUUAAAAUACUGAUAUCUGUGAUGUAAUCCGUAAGCUUAGAGGUUACAUGAUUGUCCUAGGUUUAAGAGGGGUUAGGAUCAGAUACUAAAGAAUGGAAUGUAUAAUGAUCUGAUAUUUGGACAAUCUGUAUUGUUCUUGUAAGAAUUUUUACAAGUGAAGAAUCGAUCAAAUCCAAGCUGCUUUAGGGCUUUUCAUACCUUAGCUUAGUUAGAAAAUCGAGGGAAGUGGAUGAAGCCAUGAGUACACAAUCAGAUCUGAACCAAGAGCCGGCUUUUCAGAGUGAAUUUGUAGUGGAAACAGCAAAAAGUAGCUUGAGUAUGUUGAAAAUAUUGUGAGUUCAUAAGUCACAACUAAGAGAAUGUAACAAAAGUUGGGAGAAAAUAUAGAAGUUGUGAUGUGGGUAUGACUUUUUUGUUGGCAAUGGUGAGUUCUUUUAUAUUUUACCCCUUAUUACCAACUGUGGCUUUUAAAAUUACAUUCAUCAACUUUUAUGAUCACAUUUACCCUUUGAAUUUGUUGAAUUUGAUUUGUUUACCGCACAAGUGGUUUGUUAUUUCCUUGAAAAAUAAUUUAGCUAGUACAGGAGAAAUCAUCACGAUAUGCUUUGCAAUUCUUUUAUUAUAUCCCAUUGAAAUUGGAAUGGCCAAGAGAGAGAUUCAGUAUGUGUAUGCUAAGAAUGCUUAGUGAAAAAAUCCUUGCACAAAAAUCUUGGAAAAUUUUUUAACUGAUAUGAUUAACUGAUUUCAGUGUAAUGUUCAAAUGAAAUGGUUCUCAAAUGGACCGUGUAAUUGAUGAAUCAAAUACAUGAAUUCGGAAAUCAACAAUUCUUAUUUUGUUAAACAGUUGUUUUAGCUUCGCUUUUAGUUAAAUGACAUGACAUAGGAAACUAUAUUGUGAUGGUUGGCAUGCUGUAGAGUUGUAAUGUUGGACAUUGCCAUCUUUUAAUUCUUACCCGAAUGGAUGACCUAUAUUAUAUUUUAUAUAUUAAGGAUUUGUGCAUGCAUGUUCUUGAUACAUGAUACAAGUUUACACAACAUUAUUUACUCUAAAUUUUACCCAUAAUGCCUUAGUAAUAGAAGAAUUUCUGAUAAUUUACCUGAGGGACAAUUUGUUGAUACCUUAUGAAAUUAGGGAGUCUUAUAGAAUUUGUUAAUUGUUACUGUAAUGAUUGUCCAUAAUGCCCAAAAUAUUAGUUUUUAGAUGCCACACAAAACAUUCACUUGCUUAAUGGUUUGAAGGAUCGACACAAAUUUAAGAAUCUUUUGAAAGAUAGUAACGAUUCAGUAUCAUUUGUUAGAGUUGUAAACGAAACCAUAAUAACAGAUGCCAAAAUGACGACUAGCUGAUUAUGCUGUAACUAAUUUCAUUAUUCAGUCCCAAUUCGAUAAUGCACAAUAGACAUUUUUCAGACCUGAUUUAUUUGGUAUGUUGCUGUAUAAAAAGUUGUUUCUGCAAGAAACUAUGUUUAUUGUAGAAAUUCAAGUGUUUAUGACCUUUUUUUGCAUAAGCUAUUUACUUUUGAUCUAACGGAAAAAUUAACUUUGGCCAAAUGUAUCACACAUAUGUUACCAUUAUUCUGGAAACAAGAUUCUUAAAUUGACUGGUUAAAUAGUAUGAAAAAUUAUGAAUUUAUGGGAAUAAAAUUCUUGUCUUAAAUGGGUCAAGCAUAUUAUGGAGAACCCUUGACAUGGGGGAUGUAAACACUUGGUUGUCGUCACGAUGGAAAAGGAGCCUGUUGGUGACGAGUCAUUACAAAAAGAUUUAUGCAUGUACUGGUGACAACUCACUGCUUCUUUUCCAUGCAUGGUGAUGGAUAAAAAGAUCUGUAGUUUGCUGCAACCCCAACUUGAAUAAACCCUGCAGAAACAAGAUCAAGCAGCAACUCAGUCGUCAUUUACAAGAGACGAUCUGUACAAUAACACAAGUGCAGUGCAGCUUAAGCAAAUCCAGGCAGAGAAGCACAAGUUUCUUCAAAUAGUAGUGAACAAUGAAAGGGAAAAAAAGUUGACAAUAAGCAGAAAGGACUGCCAAAGUUUCAUGCAUACUUAUUCUUAACUUCCAACGCAGGGAUGGAGUACUUGAGGUUUGAACAGCAAGAACAGAAGCAUCUGCUUUGCUUCAUGCGACAGUUUGGAACCUUAAAUACAUUUAUAUAUACACACACACAUUGCUCCAUCCACUCCAAGUUGCGUGUCUCCGUCUCAUCUAUGGCAGCAUUGCCAGGGGCCUCAACGCUGAAGCUGUACUAUGGGAAGCCCAUGCUACCAGAUGUGUCCAGGGUGCUUGCAUGCCUCUACGAGAAGGACGUCAAGUUCGAGCUCAUCGACAUGUAUGAAGGCCAGCACAUGCCUUAUGAAUUCCUCAGCCUUCAGGCCUUUACAAGAGCACCUGUCACUGUGGUGGAAGAUGGAAGCACUUUCACAUUAGAAUCCAGAGCAUUAUGCCGCUACAUCUCUGCGAAGUAUGCUGACCGCGGGAACAGUUAUCUCCUGGGAAGCGACAUCCUUGAGAGAGCCUCCAUCGAGCAAUGGCUGAAGCUGGAGGAACACAACUUCCAUCCUCCAAGCUGGGAACUCGUCUUCCACCUUGCAUUUGCUACGCCCAUGGUGGAUCCCGACCCGGAUCUGAUCACCAGGAGCGAGCGGCGGCUGGCGAGCGUUCUCGAUGUGUACGACCAACGGCUGAGCGAGAACGAGUUCCUGGCCGGCGACAAGUUCACUCUCGCUGACCUCUCCCACCUCCCCAACUCACACUACCUCGCCACUUCCCGACAGUGGCGCCAUCUAUUCGAUGUGAGGAAGAACGUGCGAAGGUGGUGGGAGUCGAUCUCAAAGCGGCGUUCGUGGACCAACGUGGUUGAGAUACUGACCGAGGUUGAAGUCUUGAAGGAGCAGAUCGCCGCCGGAGAAGAAAACACCACCACUCUUCACCUUCUGCCUUUCACGUCUCAUCGAACGUCAUCUUCGACGACUGGCUACGUUCUACCAGCUCAAGUAACUCAGUCGAUCGAAGUGGUUCCUUAUUCGCCACCUCAGUCCCAACCAGAAUCUACUCCAUCUCCCCCUCAGACAACACCACAAGGUUCAGUUGGUGGAACGACUCCAACACCAGCAGAUGCUUCCCAGUCUUCACAACAAACUUGGAAGACUUCCAAAGAAGAUGCGAGUUCUUCUUCUUACACGGUCUCGACGCCAGCUCAAACUAAAGAAUCAAAUCUUUCCGGUAUUAAGAGCCCUCAACCUAGUCAGGAGAUCACAUCAUCAGCAAGUGCUCCAUUAGCUACGUCUACUACCGAGACUUGGAAGGGAUCUGCUCCUUCUGUGUCCGACAGCGGAAGAUCAACGCCAGUGGAUGAUUCAAUGCCUCGGCAGCAAUCGUCUCCUACCACUUCUGAAGCUUCCAACUUGAGGACUGCUGAAGGAGUUGCUCCUUCGAUGUCCAGUGGACCAACUCCAACAGCAGCUGAUGCUUCCCAGACUUCAAUGAGACCAACCCCUCUAACCCAAAACACAACUCCUGUAAAGCUUUCAUCACAACCAAAUCAAGUAGAAUCGGUGACUACAUAUGUGGAUACUCCAUUAGCUACAUCUCUUACCCAACCUUCUAUCGGACAAACUAUAGAAAUUUCAAAAGGACCAACUCCUUUAACCCAAACAACAACUCCAACAUCAGCAGAUAAGCCUUUAUCACAGCCAAACCAGGUUGAUGCAAUACCUACAUCUCCUACUCAGGCUUCUAUUGGACAAGCUUCAGAAGUUUCAAAAGGAUCAACCCCUUUGUCCCAAAGCACAACUCCAACACCAAUAGAGACUACAAAGCCUUCAUCACAACCAAAUCAAGUUGAAGAAGUAACAUCUCCUACCCAGGCUUCUAUUGGACAAGCUUCAGAAGUUUCAAAAGGAUCAACCCCUUUAUCCCAAAACGCAACUCCAACACCAGUAGAGACUUCAAAGCCUUCAUCGCAACCAAAUCAGGUUGAAGCAGUAACUACAUCUCCUACUCAGGCUUUUAUUGGACAAGCUUCAGAAGUUUCAAAAGGAUCAACCCCUUUGUCCCAAAGCACAACUCCAACACCAGUAGAGACUUCGAAGCCUUCAUCGCAACCAAAUCAGGUUGAAGCAGUAACUACAUCUCCUACUCAGGCUUCUAUUGGACAAGCUUCAGAAGUUUCAAAAGGAUCAACCCCUUUAUCCCAAAGCACAACACCAACACCAGUAGAGACUUCAAAGCCUUCAUCGCAACCAAAUCAGGUUGAAGCAGUAACUACAUCUCCUACUCAGGCUUCUGUUGGACAAGCUUCAGAAGUUUCAAAAGGAUCAACCCCUUUGUCCCAAAGCACAACUCCAACACCAGUAGAGACUUCAAAGCCUUCAUCACAACCAAAUCAAGUUGAAGUAGUAACUACAUCUCCUACCCAGGCUUCUAUUGGACAAGCUUCAGAAGUUUCAAAAGGAUCAACCCCUUUAUCCCAAAGCGCAACUCCAACACCAGUAGAGACUUCAAAGCCUUCAUCGAAACCAAAUCAGGUUGAAGCAGUAACUACAUCUCCUACUCAGGCUUCUAUUGGACAAGCUUCAGAAGUUUCAAAAGGAUCGACUCCUUUGUCCCAAAGCACAACUCCAACACCAGGAGAGACUUCAAAGCCUUCAUCACAACCAAAUCAAGUUGAAGCAGUAACUACAUCUCCUACCCAGGCUUCUAUUGGACAAGCUUCAGAAGUUUCAAAAGGAUCAACCCCUUUAUCCCAAAGCGCAACUCCAACACCAGUAGAGACUUCAAAGCCUUCAUCGCAACCAAAUCAGGUUGAAGCAGUAACUACAUCUCCUACUCAGGCUUCUAUUGGACAAGCUUCAGAAGUUUCAAAAGGAUCAACCCCUUUGUCCCAAAGCACAACUCCAACACCAAUAGAGACUUCAAAGCCUUCAUCACAACCAAAUCAAGUUGAAGUAGUAACUACAUCUCCUACCCAGGCUUCUAUUGGACAAGCUUCAGAAGUUUCAAAAGGAUCAACCCCUUUAUCCCAAAGCGCAACUCCAACACCAGUAGAGACUUCAAAGCCUUCAUCGAAACCAAAUCAGGUUGAAGCAGUAACUACAUCUCCUACUCAGGCUUCUGUUGGACAAGCUUCAGAAGUUUCAAAAGGAUCAACCCCUUUGUCCCAAAGCACAACUCCAACACCAGUAGAGACUUCAAAGCCUUCAUCACAACCAAAUCAAGUUGAAGUAGUAACUACAUCUCCUACCCAGGCUUCUAUUGGACAAGCUUCAGAAGUUUCAAAAGGAUCAACCCCUUUAUCCCAAAGCGCAACUCCAACAUCAGUAGAGACUUCAAAGCCUUCAUCGAAACCAAAUCAGGUUGAAGCAGUAACUACAUCUCCUACUCAGGCUUCUAUUGGACAAGCUUCAGAAGUUUCAAAAGGAUCGACUCCUUUGUCCCAAAGCACAACUCCAACACCAGGAGAGACUUCAAAGCCUUCAUCACAACCAAAUCAAGUUGAAGCAGUAACUACAUCUCCUACCCAGGCUUCUAUUGGACAAGCUUCAGAAGUUUCAAAAGGAUCAACCCCUUUAUCCCAAAGCGCAACUCCAACACCAGUAGAGACUUCAAAGCCUUCAUCGCAACCAAAUCAGGUUGAAGCAGUAACUACAUCUCCUACUCAGGCUUCUAUUGGACAAGCUUCAGAAGUUUCAAAAGGAUCAACCCCUUUGUCCCAAAGCACAACUCCAACACCAAUAGAGACUUCAAAGCCUUCAUCACAACCAAAUCAAGUUGAAGCAGUAACUACAUCUCCUACCCAGGCUUCAAUUGGACAAGCUUCAGAAGUUUCAAAAGGAUCAACCCCUUUAUCCCAAAGCGCAACUCCAACACCAGUAAAGACUUCAAAGCCUUCAUCGCAACCAAAUCAGGUUGAAACAAUAACUACAUCUCCUACUCAGGCUUCUAUUGGACAAGCUUCAGAAGUUUCAAAAGGAUCAACCCCUUUGUCCCAAAGCACAACUCCAACACCAGUAGAGACUUCAAAGCCUUCAUCGCAACCAAAUCAAGUUGAAGUAGUAACUACAUCUCCUACUCAGGCUUCUAUUGGACAAGCUUUAGAAGUUUCAAAAGGAUCAACCCCUUUGUCCCAAAGCACAACUCCAACACCAGUAGAGACUUCAAAGCCUUCAUCACAACCAAAUCAAGUUGAAGCAGUAACUACAUCUCCUACCCAGGCUUCUAUUGGACAAGCUUCAGAAGUUUCAAAAGGAUCAACUCCUUUAUCCCAAAGCGCAACUCCAACACCAGUAGAGACUUCAAAGCCUUCAUCGCAACCAAAUCAGGUUGAAGCAGUAACUACAUCUCCUACUCUGGCUUCUAUUGGACAAGCUUCAGAAGUUUCAAAAGGAUCAACCCCUUUGUCCCAAAGCACAACUCCAACACCAAUAGAGACUUCAAAGCCUUCAUCACAACCAAAUCAAGUUGAAGCAAUAACUACAUCUCCUACUCAGGCUUCUAUUGGACGAGCUUCAGAAGUUUCAAAAGGAUCAACCCCUUUGUCCCAAAGCACAACUCCAACACCAGUAGAGACUUCAAAGCAUUCAUCACAACCAAAUCAAGUUGAAGGAGUAACUACAUCUCCUACCCAGGCUUCUAUUGGACAAGCUUCAGAAGUUUCAAAAGGAUCAACCCCUUUAUCCCAAAGCGCAACUCCUACACCAGUAGAGACUUCAAAGCCUUCAUCGCAACCAAAUCAGGUUGAAGCAAUAACUACAUCUCCUACUCAGGCUUCUAUUGGACAAGCUUCAGAAGUUUCAAAAGGAUCAACCCCUUUGUCCCAAAGCACAACUCCAACACCAGUAGAGACUUCAAAGCCUUCAUCACAACCAAAUCAAGUUGAAGCAGUAACUACAUCUCCUACCCAGGCUUCUAUUGUACAAGCUUCAGAAGUUUCAAAAGGAUCAACCCCUUUAUCCCAAAGCGCAACUCCAACACCAGUAGAGACUUCAAAGCCUUCAUCGCAACCGAAUCAGGUUGAAGCAGUAACUACAUCUCCUACUCAGGCUUCUAUUGGACAAGCUUCAGAAGUUUCAAAAGGAUCAACCCCUUUGUCCCAAAGCACAACUCCAACACCAUUAGAGUCUUCAAAGCCUUCAUCACAACCAAAUCAAGUUGAAGCAGUAACUACAUCUCCUACCCAGGCUUCUAUUGGACAAGCUUCAGAAGUUUCAAAAGGAUCAACCCCUUUAUCCCAAAGCGCAACUCCAACACCAGUAGAGACUUCAAAGCCUUCAUCGCAACCAAAUCAGGUUGAAGCAGUAACUACAUCUCCUACCCAAGCUUCUAUUGGACAAGCUUUAGAAGUUUCAAAAGGAUCAACCCCUUUAUCCCAAAGCGCAACUCCAACACCAGUAGAGACUUCAAAGCCUUCAUCGCAACCAAAUCAGGUUGAAGCAGUAACUACAUCUCCUACUCAGGCUUCUAUUGGACAAGCUUUAGAAGUUUCAAAAGGAUCAACCCCUUUGUCCCAAAGCACAACUCCAACACCAGGAGAGACUUCAAAGCCUUCAUCACAACCAAAUCAAGUUGAAGCAGUAACUACAUCUCCUACUCAGGCUUCUAUUGGACGAGCUUCAGAAGUUUCAAAAGGAUCAACCCCUUUGUCCCAAAGCACAACUCCAACACCAGUAGAGACUUCAAAGCCUUCAUCACAACCAAAUCAAGUUGAAGGAGUAACUACAUCUCCUACCCAGGCUUCUAUUGGACAAGCUUCAGAAGUUUCAAAAGGAUCAACCCCUUUAUCCCAAAGCGCAACUCCUACACCAGUAGAGACUUCAAAGCCUUCAUCGCAACCAAAUCAGGUUGAAGCAGUAACUACAUCUCAUACUCAGGCUUCUAUUGGACAAGCUUCAGAAGUUUCAAAAGGAUCAACCCCUCUAUCCCAAAGAACAACUCAAACAUCGGUAGAUACUUCAAAGCCUUCAUCACAACCAAAUCAGGUUGAAGCAGUAACUACAUCUCCUACUCAGGCUUCUAUUGGACAAGCUUCAGAAGUUUCAAAAGGAUCAACCCCUCUAUCCCAAAGAACAACUCAAACACCGGUAGAUACUUCAAAGCCUUCAUCACAACCAAAUCAGGUUGAAGCAGUAACUACAUCUCCUACUCAGGCUUCUAUUGGAAAAGCUUCAGAAGUUUCAAAAGGAUCAACCCCUUUGUCCCAAAGCACAACUCCAACACCAGUAGGGACUUCAAAGCCUUCAUCACAACCAAAUCAAGUUGAAGCAGUAACUACAUCUCCUACCCAGGAUUCUAUUGGACAAGCUUCAGAAGUUUCAAAAGGAUCAACCCCUCUAUCCCAAAGCACAACUACAACACCAACAGAUACUUCAAAGUCUUCAUCGCAACCAAAUCAGGUUGAAGCAAUAACUACAUCUCCUUCCCAGGCUUCUAUUGGACGAGCUCAGGGUUACUCACCUAAAGAAGAAUCCAAUAAAGAUCAAACCAGCAAUCAAGCUACACUUGACACAAAGUCUGCUGCACAAGAACCUUUUACAGGACUGACGUCUACUAGGAAGACUUCCAACGAAUCUGCUUCUCCAUCCAGCAGAACUACACCAUCUGCAGAUGUUUCUUCUAACCCUACAACACAACCACCUACCCUCAAUCUUGCCACCAAUCAAGCAACUCAAACUAAUACAGAUGUACCCACUUCAGGGAUUUCCAAAGCACCAGCUUCUCCUGAUGCUUCCAUGCCUUGGCCACAGCUACCGCCAGCCAAUCAAGCAACUGGAACCACUGUUGAUGACAAGUCUACUACUCAUGAAGAAAAAGCUAGUAGCAACACACCAAGCACCCAACCAAAACCGGCUACAUCAACAGGUGCUCAACAAUCUACUCCUGACAAGGCCCAGCAAGAUCCUCAAAUAGUCGCAACAGAGGCAUUUCGACAAGCAGAUAGUCCUCAAACAGUUUCUUCUACCCCAUCGAAAGGUGAACAAGCUUCAACUCGAACACCUCAACAAGAACAGCAUGACUCAUCAACUAGUCAACAAGUACCUAAAAAUACUCAGUCAGCCCAACAAGAAGACACAAAAGACCAGCCAAUAAUUAGUCAACCAGAAUCAAACACUCCUACUGUUUCUGGAUCAAUUGAUUCUACAAAACCACAAACAGAUUCUACCAGUGGAUCAGAAAAGAAGUCAAGUUCUACUCAGUAGAUGCUAAUGAUUCCAAGUCCACAAGCAUGUGCUGUUAAAUAAAUCCAAGAACACCUACAGUUUAUUAUUAUCAUAAGCUCUGUAUCAUUAGUUUGUUAUACUGUAGAUUUCAGCAGCUUCUCUCGA